AUGCUUGGCUUGGACAAUGCAGGCAAGACGACGAUCCUCCAAAAGAUGACCGAGGGAGACAUCUCGCACAUCAUGCCCACUCAGGGCUUCAAUAUCAAGAGCAUCAUGCAAGAUGGCUUCAAGUUGAACGUUUGGGACAUCGGUGGCCAGGAAGCCAUUCGUCCCUAUUGGUCCAACUACUUCGAGAACACAGACGCCUUGGUCUACGUGGUGGACAGCUCGGACAGCCGGCGUUUGGAGGAAUCUGCCAAGGAGUUGGCCGAGCUCCUUGCACAGGAGAAGUUGGUCCAAGUUCCUGUGAUGGUCUUCGCCAACAAGCAAGACUUGAUGAGCGCCGUCCCCGCCGAUGAGAUUGUUGCAGCCUUGAACUUGGAGGCCAUCGGAGAUCGCUUGUGGCAGAUCCAAGCAUGCAGCGCCAAAACAGGGGAAGGCUUGCAAGAAGGUAUGGAGUGGCUGGUGACGAACGCCAAAAGUGAGAGACCAGCUUCUUACGCAGACGCGGCGUCAUCGCCGAAGGGGUGUCCCCAAGAGCAUGGGACGAAGGAGGUAUGGAACUCCGCAGCUAAGAUAAGCUACUGGUCGGCACUCCUGGCGGCCGUGGCACCAAUCGUAGUCAUCUACCUGCUCAGUCCAUCGUGCUUCCAAUGGCUUUGGUCCCAGCGCAUGCGGCCACCCAUCGUGCCACCCCGUACGGGCCUCACACGCGCGCGCCGCGGAAAGCGCCGCGGCCGCGCUUUCCGCGCUUGCGAGCCGACGGUGACGGUGAGACGCAGCACAGAUGUCUCAGUGGCCGUGGUGGGCGCCGGGCCCGUGGGCUUGCUAACCGCCUUGGCCUUGGCUCGGCGCGGCUUCCGCAAGGUGCGCGUCUUGGACCGUCUGCCGGAGCCGGAGCGCCCCGACGCGCCCUGCUGGGGCGACCCGGAUCGAUCCUACAACCUGGGCCUUGGAGGCCGUGGGCAACGGGCGCUGAUGCGCUUUGGCGCCUUUGACACGGUGGACCACUACAGCAGGACGGUGGUGGGCAGAAAGGAUUGGUCCAAUGGUGAGGCCAAGGUGACCCUAAACAAGCGCCGCUUCAUGACGAAGGUCAUCGCCCGAGAUCGUUUGUCAAGCUGCCUCUAUCAGGAGCCCGGCCGACGCGAGCCCAGUGGCACAUAG